AGACCAAAGAGGUUUUGAUUACACAUAUAAGGCGUCGACUUAUGCCUCAAGCGGUUAAAGUGAGGGCCGAUAUAGAGGUGGGCUGUUGUGCCUAUGAGGGCAUCGAUGCCGUCAAAAACGCGUUGAGGGCCGGAAUUGCCUGUUCUCUGGAAGACAUGGCCAUCAAAAUCAAUUUAAUCGCUCCGCCAUUAUAUGUGGUGACGACCACUACUAUGGAUAGAGAGAGGGGUUUAGAGUUGUUGACCGAAGCGCUCGCGAAGAUCGAGGACUCGAUCAAGAAAGCGGGCGGAAUGUUCAUCGUUCAGGCGGCCCGAAAGUUGUGACCGAUUUAGACGAAGCAGAGUUGGCGAAGAAAAUGGAACAAUUGGAUCAGGAAAACAGGGAAGUGUCCGGCGAUGACGACGACGAAGACGACGACGAGAACGAGAACGCAGACGACAACGAAGACGAACCAAAACCAGAGACCGAAGCCGUUGUCGUCGACGCAAAGGAUUAGUUUUAUGUUAUUUUACCUA